AUGAAAUUUUCUUCAUUUUAUCGUUCAUUUCAUUCUACAACCAUAUCUCUUAAUAAUAAAUUUAUUCCUUCCAAACAUCCUUAUGUUAUAGGAUUAUAUGAUUUUUUUCAAGGAGGUUAUACAAAUCCUGUAACUCUGCCAACGACAAAAGCCCUGCUUACAGGCAGAUCAUGGACCGCUUCUGAACUUCGUAGAAAGUCAUUCGAAGAUUUACAUAAAAUUUGGUACAUUUUACUUAAAGAAAGAAAUUUGCUUGCUACCAUGUGGGAAGAAGCGAAACGUUUUAAUAGAAUAAAUAAUCCUGAAUGGAGACAAAGACAUGAUGAUAGAAGAUUUAAGACACAAAAAUCAAUGGCAAGAAUUAAAUUUGUUCUUAGUGAAAGGAGAGUUGCUUAUGAAUAUGCUAGAAGAGCAGAUCCCAAUUUAUUUGGAUUAGAAGCACCACCUAAACCACAAAAGUAUUAUGUAGAUGAUGGGAAACCAAAUUACUGGCGAGAUGGACCUCCAAGUCGAAUUCAAAGUAAAACAACUUCAAGAAUUCCACGUCAAAAAUAA